CGCGCGCUAGGCAUACCGUAAGCACCAUCCUAGCCUGUGUGUAACACGCUCCAAACGUCGGUUCGCGAAAAGAAUCGACCUCGGCACACGCAGUAUUCGGCCCGACCAUACAUGAAACACGUUGCGUGCAGAUAGUGUAUUGGCUUCAUUUUUUGUUGGUGUAGGUGUGAUACAUAUGUGUGAGUGUGUGUGUAUGUGUGUGUCCGUUACAUUAUAGCCAGAAAAGCAAUAGAAAUGUUAAGUGCGAGUGAUCUUUAAAAAAAGUGUAUAAAAAAUCUGCUCCAUACAAAGAGUGUUUGGUUAACGAACGUAAUCGUCAAUCGGUGUGGCAAUUGGUAUUGACAUGAAAAAAAUUGAGCGUGUGUUGAAGCAAGGAAAGCUCUAUUUCUUUCGACGGCGUGUCAAAUCACAACGGUUCGUUUUGACGAAGCGGCAAGAAUUGUAAACGAUGCGAGGAAUAUCAUACACUAAGUGGCACCAUAUUACAAGAUGUGUUUUUUGCACUUCUACUGCUUCUAUUCGAGCAACGGUGCAACGAACGACUCAUGGGAGAUACAGUGUCGGUGCGUGAAAUUCGAGUGUAAUUAGUGAUUUUACACGGAAAAGGCUGCUUCUGUCCCACAACGUGAUCUAAAACAUAAAAAAAGAAUGUCAUUUAUGACUGGAAUCCCGUAGUGGUAGCAAACUUCACUAAGCUGCCACGUACCCUGCACUCGCGAGCGAGAAUGUGCGAUGCUGUGAAACUGAUUCCAUCAUGACUAGUGGUGUUCUCUCGUACGGUGUACAGUAUUCUUAGGACAUUUUCCGAACGAACAGCGGCAUGUGAAACCGUGUUACUGGUGCUGGUAUCGUAUUGCUUGUGGGAGUAUGUAUCUGGAAAUUGCACUUACCUCGCAUGUCUGCAUAGUGCAACCGGGCUAGAAAAUAAAAUAGAAGACAGCGCGUAUCAUGCAGCAGAGCAUUCGCAUGGUCGGGGUCGCCACGGGCAUCCUUUCAUCCUAAGUGACGCAUUAAUACGACCGAGCCAAACGAAACAGAAGACAUCGGCCGUGCUGCAAAGGAUGCAAAUAAAUGAAAAGAUGAAUAAUAAAUGAGACAACACCACGCGGAGCAUGAAUGGCCGCGUAAUGGUGGCAGUGCAGCGAACAAUUCAUUGCUCACGGCGGCUGCUGCUGUUAUUCGACGGAAAAUGAAGCACAAAAUAUUGAAAAUGGUUGCACGAUGCAAAGGUGGCUGUAAUGGCGUAAAAGAGCAAAAUGUGCUAGCUGGAAAUGUGGCUAAAGAACGGUUAUUGUUUGCAGUCGCAUAUGAAAACGUGCUAAAUUGUAGUGAAAGGUGAAAAGUGAGUGAAUCAAAAAAGCACCAUCCAUUGCAAUGUAGUGCUUGUGUCUGUGUCAUGGUUUUAGUGAACGUAAAGCAAGUAGAUGUACUUCGAACCCACAGAGCAUCGUAAAUCAGUGUGUAUAUCUUGUUUCGCAUUGUUUCUGUAACCGAAUGUGUGCCAUAUCUGAAAGGCCAUCCUGUCAGGAAUAUAUUGGCUAUGCUUAGUGUGUGAUGUAAAAAUGGUGAUGUUGGUAGCGACAGAGUGCACUUUUCAUCGUUAUUUCCCGCAGUUGUGUAACGACGAACUGGAUGUCUACACUGACACGAAAUUUAUGAAUCGGGGGUCUUUUGGUAUCGAAGCUGCAAUCACCAAAUGAAAGUGCAGCCUGCAGACGAGCUGCUAAGGUGAUCAACAAGAGUUAAAAGUUAAUGUGUUUGUGAUCAGUGCAUGAGUGAGAAGUGAAAAAAAGUUGGUUGAAGUAACCGCCGAUUGAAUCGAGUAUUCCGCAUCGGUAUUGUGUGAAGCUGUUAUUAGGUUUUGUUUAUUCCGUUUGUCGAUGGCAGAGCGCGAUUGGGCAACACAAUGAUAAAAGUAGUGUUUUUGUUGAAUCGUUGUCGACCGUUACGCAAUAGUAAUUGUUAGCGAGAUUUGGCUCAACUUCUGAAUCUAGCGCAUAAGUCAAAAUCGUUCGUUAUAGCUCCUUAGUAUCCCAAAUUGUCCUUAUCCCAUCAUUUCCUUGAACCUAGCGUUAAUUACCUAGAAGUAGAAUAAGGCAACAAUACAUUAAAUAACAACAAUUCAAUCGUUACUCGAGUCAAUGGCUGCAUGACACGAUAUCAUAAAGGAUCUAUUUAGAAAAGAUCUCACUCUUUCCUGAGACUGAAAUCCGAAAAACAGGAAUAGCAGCUUACACGCUCGAUACGGUCCAAUACACUUGCGAAGGUCGUUCAGGCACCUUUCACAGGCUGAUAUUGAAGCAUAAACUACAAUCAUCUGCAAUUAUUAUCCAACUUUCUUUCGAAGAGAGUAGACAAAAAACGGCAAUCACGCCCGUAAAAGCUUCGCAAUAUUAGUCUACAUUGCAAUAUUCAAAAUUCUUGACAAACCGUCCCUUCAUCUAAACCGAAAAGAGAGAGAGAAAAAAGUGUACAGAACUUCCUCGAUCGGAAAUGGGGCUGUUGGUGGUCAAUUCGACCGCGGCCUUACUGCUGGCAAUCAUUGCCACACUUUUUCUUCUGGCUGAGGUGCCGCAGAUUGUGGUAGCAUCACAUGGAAAUUUUUCGGAUUUUCCAUUCAUUUAUCUGACACAUCCCCCCGAGAUUAUUAAGAAGCCAGUCAACCAGGGCGUGCGUGUGGGCGGUGUGGCAACCUUUUUCUGUGCGGCUCGAGGCGACCCUCAACCAACGGUGAUAUGGCGCAAAAACAGCAAAAAGAUAAUGAUGACCCAGUCACGAUACACGGUGUACGACGCUAAUGGAGUUUCAAUGUUACGUAUCGAACCGGUGCGUGCUGGACGUGACGAUGCACCGUACGAAUGUGUGGCAGAGAAUGGCGUUGGCGAUGCAGUUUCGGCCGAGGCGACGCUGACCGUUUAUGAAGGAGACAAAACACCGGCCGGAUUCCCCAUCAUAAAACAAUUUCCCACGAUUCGUGUAAUUGAAACGGGCCAUACGGCUGUGAUGCAGUGCAAGGCGACUGGUUCACCUCCACCAAAGAUCUACUGGCUGAAAGACAUGAAGCGCGUUGAUAUGACUAAUCCACGCUACAGCAUCAACAGUGAAGGAAGCCUACAGAUUGACAACAGCGAGGAAAGUGACAUGGGCAAGUACGAGUGUGUGGCGGAAAACUCGAUCGGAACGGAGCACACAAAACCGACUCCACUGUACGUGAAGGUACGACGCGUACCGCCGACAUUCUCGCGCCCACCCGAGCCCGUGUACGAGGUUAUGCUCGGAGCAAAUCUGACCCUCACCUGCGUAGCUGUCGGGUCGCCGAUGCCGUCUGUCAAGUGGCGCAAGGGCGUUGAUCAGGAUUUAACGCCGGAAAAUGAUGUCCCCGUUGGGCGGAACGUGCUGGAGCUGACUGACAUACGAGUCAGCACUAAUUACACCUGCAUCGCUCAAUCGUCCCUCGGUGUCAUUGAAGCUACCUCGCUGGUCAAAGUUCAAUCAUUACCAGCUGCGCCCACGGACGUCACAAUUUCGGAAGUAACUGCUACGCAGGUUCGGCUCGAGUGGUCUUACAAAGGGCCAGAAGAUCUGCAGUAUUACGUUAUACAGUACAAGCCAAAGAACGCAAAUCAGGCGUUCAGUGAGAUCAGUGGCAUUAUUACGAUGUUCUACGUCGUACGAACGCUCAGUCCGUACACCGAGUAUGAGUUCUAUGUUAUUGCAGUGAAUAAUAUUGGCCGUGGUCCACCGUCGUUGCCAGCCACUACGACCACCGGGGAGACAGGCGAUUCCGCUUAUGGAGGUUCCAAAAUGGAAAGUGCUCCAAGGAACAUCGAAGUGAAGCCGUUAAGCUCGUCGACAAUGCUUAUUACGUGGGAACCACCUGAGACUCCUAAUGGACAAGUUACCGGAUACAAAGUGUACUACACCACCAACCCAAACCAGCCCGAAGCAUCGUGGGACUCUCAGAUGGAAACCAACGAUAUGACAACCAUUUCUGAGCUGACUCCUCAUGCUAUCUACACUAUACGGGUACAAGCAUUUACCUCUAUGGGUGCUGGUCCCUUGUCCAACCCGGUUCAAGUUAAAGCUCAACAAGGCGUUCCCUCACAACCAAGCAACUUUCGGGCUACCGAUGUCGGUGAAACAGCUGUCACCCUGCAAUGGUCCCGGCCAACUCACUCGGGCGAGAACAUCGUACACUACGAGCUGUACUGGAAUGACACUUAUGCAAACGAGCAGCAUCAUCAACGAAUUCCGAACACCGAGACCUACACGCUGAGCAGCUUGUACCCGGACACACUGUACUACUUCUGGCUGUCGGCCCGGUCCCAGCGUGGCGAAGGUGCCACCACUCCGCCGAUCCCGGUGCGAACCAAACAGUACGUACCUGGUGCACCGCCCCGUAAUGUAACUGUCGAAGCCACAAGUCCAACCACUAUCAACGUGUCAUGGCUGCCACCACCGGUCGAACGAUCGAACGGCGCCAUAGUUUAUUAUAAGGUGUUCUUCGUCGAGGUUGGACGAUCAGAUAGCGAGGCCACGGUAACCACCCUCAACUCUACUAGCAUCGUCCUGGACGAGCUAAAGCGUUGGACCGAGUACAAGAUUUGGGUUCUAGCCGGUACCUCCGUUGGUGACGGACCCCGAUCGUACCCGUACACAGUACGCACUCAUGAAGACGUAGUUAAGAUGCCUGGCGAUCCGCAAGACGUUAAGGCAAGCCCCGUCAAUUCGACCACCAUCUACGUGACGUGGAAACCGCCGAAGGAGAAAAACCGUAACGGCAUCAUCCGGGGCUAUCACAUACACGUGCAGGAAAUGAAGGAAGAGGGUAAGGGACUGUUGAACGAACCGAUGAAGUUCGAUGUCGUAGAUGGAUUGGAGUACAAUGUGACAGGGCUGCAACCGGAUACGAAAUAUUCGGUCCAGGUGGCCGCUCUAACGCGCAAAGGGGACGGUGAUCGCAGUGCUCCCAUAUCGGUAAAAACACCCGGCGGCGUGCCGAUCAGGCCGACGGUCACGCUCAAGAUUCUGGAGCGCGAUCCGACCGUAUCGAUCGAGCUCGAAUGGGAACGGCCCCGACAGACGUACGGUGAGCUGCGAGGAUAUCGCGUACGGUGGGGCGUCCGCGAGCAGGCCCUGAACGAGGAGAUACUGCAGGGAACGCAACUGAACGUGAAACGCAUCAACGAUCUCGAGCGGGGGGUGGAGUACGAGUUCCGAGUGGCCGGCAUGAACCAUAUCGGCAUUGGGCAGGAAGCGGUCAAACAUCUGCAAACACCCGAAGGCUCUCCGACCGGUCCGCCGACCGGUAUAGCCGUCCGAUUCCAAACGCCCGACGUGGUGUGCAUUACCUGGGAACCACCGACGCGCGAGCAUCGGAACGGCCAAAUUACCCGGUACGAUGUGCAGUUCCACAAGAAGAUUGACCACGGGCUGGGCACGGAGCGGAACACUACGGUGCGCAAGGCCGUGUUUACGAAUCUGGACGAAAGCACCGAGUACAUCGUGCGGGUACGGGCGUACACUAAGCAGGGCGCUGGGCCGUUCAGCGAGAAGGUCGUCAUUGCGACGGAGCGCGAUAUGGGGCGGGCUCCGUUUUCAGUGCAAGCCGUCGCGACGUCCGAGCAGACGGUGGAAGUUUGGUGGGAACCGGUACCGUCCAGGGGCAAAUUGGUGGGGUACAAAAUUUUCUACACCAUGACCGCGGUCGAAGAUUUAGACGAGUGGCAGACGAAGGUGGUCGGCGUGACCGAGUCGGCCGAUCUGAUCAAUCUGGAAAAGUUUGCCCAGUACGCGGUCGCCAUUGCCGCGAUGUACAAAACGGGACUCGGCAAGCUGAGCGAGAAAGCGACGGUCAAGGUGAAGCCGGAGGAUGUCCCGCUGAAUCUGCGUGCGCACGAUGUUAGCACACACUCGAUGACGCUCAGCUGGGCGCCUCCGAUACGGAUGAACCCCAUCAACUACAAGAUAUCGUUCGAUGCGGUGAAAGAGUUUGUCGAUUCGCAGGGCAUCUCGCAGAAGCAGAUCCUGCCGAGGAAGGAAAUCAUACUGAAGAGUCACGUCAAGUCGCACACCAUCAGCGAGCUGUCGCCGUUCACGACCUACUUCGUGAACGUGAGUGCGGUCCCGACCGACUACUCGUACAAGCCGCCGGCAAAGAUCACGGUCACGACACAGAUGGCAGCCCCGCAGCCGAUGGUGCAGCCCGACUUUUACGGCGUCGUGAACGGGGAGGAAAUUCAGGUCAUACUGCCGCAAGCAUCGGAAGAGUAUGGUCCCAUCUCACACUACUACCUGAUUGUCGUGCCCGAGGACAAGGCGAACCUGCACAAAAUACCGGACCAAUUCCUUACCGAGGAGCUGCUGCCAUCGCGCCCCAAGCUGGACCGUCUGAACGCACCGUACAUUGCGGCCAUGUUCCUGCAGCGCAACAUUCCGUACACGUUCCAUCUCGGCUCGGGUGAAACGAAUCACAAUUUUACCAACAAAAAGCUCGAACGAGGAAAGCGGUACCGCAUUUUUGUGCGUGCCGUUGUCGAUACGCCCCAGAAGCAUCUGUACACGUCGAGCCCGUUCUCCGAGUUUCUAGCGCUGGACAUGAAGGAGGCUCCGACCGGCGAACCACCCCAUCGUCCCAAUCCCAACGUUCCGCAGGAUACGGAAAUUAUCAUUCGUGGCAAAAAUGAAGAACCGGGCAUGCUUUGGGUCGUUGGACCGAUCAUAGCCGCGCUGGUGCUGUCGGUCUGCUUCCUCGUGGUGUACUUUGUGCGCCGUCGCCGACAGCCGUGCAAGGCACCGGACCAGGCCGCCGUUACGCGACCACUGAUGGCAGCCGAUUUGGGUGCUGGGCCCGCCCCGACCGAUCCGGUGGACAUGCGGCGAAUUAACUUCCAAACGCCGGGCAUGAUAAGCCACCCACCGAUCUCGAUCGCCGAGCUAGCCAACCAUGUCGAGCGGCUGAAAGCGAACGAUAAUCUGAAGUUCUCGCAAGAGUACGAAAGCAUCGAGCCGGGCCAACAGUUCACCUGGGAUCACUCCAACAUGGAGGUGAACAAGCCAAAGAACCGCUACGCGAACGUCACCUCCUACGAUCAUUCACGGGUAAUCUUACCUCCGAUCGAGGGAGUGCCAGGAUCGGAUUACAUCAAUGCGAACUACUGCGACGGGUAUCGGAAGCACAAUGCGUACGUGGCCACGCAAGGGCCGCUGCAGGAAACGUUCGGUGACUUUUGGCGCAUGUGCUGGGAGCUGAAGUCGUCCACGAUCGUCAUGAUGACGAGGCUGGAGGAGCGAUCGCGCAUCAAGUGCGACAUGUACUGGCCAGCCCGGGGCACCGAGGUGUACGGGGCCAUGACGGUGACAAUCACGGAAACGCAGGAGCUGGCGACGUACUCGAUCCGCACGUUCCAGAUCUACCGCAACGGUAGCAACGAACGGCGCGAGAUCAAGCAGCUACAGUUUACAGCCUGGCCGGAUCACGGCGUACCGGACCAUCCGGCACCGUUCCUGCAGUUCCUGCGCCGCACCAAGUCGCUCACGCCGUCGGAAUCGGGCCCGAUCAUCGUGCACUGUUCGGCCGGAGUGGGCCGCACCGGUUGCUACAUCGUGAUCGAUUCCAUGCUCGAGCGCAUGAAGUACGAGAAAACGAUCGACAUCUACGGGCACGUGACGUGUUUGCGAGCGCAGCGCAACUACAUGGUGCAGACGGAGGAUCAGUACAUCUUCAUCCACGAUGCGCUGCUGGAGGCGGUCAUCUGCGGCAGUACGGAGGUGCCCGCCCGCAGCCUGCACAAUCACAUCCAGAAGCUGAUGCAAACGGAGCCGCACGAGAACAUUACCGGGAUGGAGAUGGAGUUCAAGAAGCUGUCGAACGUGAAGGCCGAUUCGACGCGGUUCGUCACGGCCAACCUGCCCUGCAAUAAGCACAAAAACCGCCUGGUCCACAUUUUGCCGUACGAAUCAUCCCGUGUCUGCCUGACACCGAUCCGGGGAGUCGAGGGAAGCGAUUACAUCAAUGCUAGUUUGGUUGAUGGCUAUCGGUAUCGAAACGCUUACAUUGCCGCCCAAGGACCUCUACAAGAAACGGCCGAAGACUUCUGGCGAAUGCUCUGGGAACACAACUCCACCAUCGUGGUUAUGCUAACCAAAUUAAAAGAAAUGGGACGGGAAAAAUGCUUCCAAUACUGGCCUCACGAGCGUUCGGUUCGCUAUCAGUGCUACGUGGUGGAUCCGAUCGCCGAGUACAACAUGCCGCAGUACAAACUGAGAGAGUUCAAGGUGACGGAUGCGCGCGACGGCUCGUCCCGCACGGUGCGCCAGUUCCAGUUCAUUGACUGGCCGGAACAGGGCGUACCAAAGUCGGGCGAAGGUUUUAUCGACUUCAUUGGCCAGGUGCACAAAACAAAGGAACAGUUCGGCCAGGACGGUCCGAUUACGGUGCAUUGCAGUGCGGGCGUCGGUCGCACUGGCGUCUUUAUCACGCUCAGCAUCGUGCUCGAGCGGAUGCAGUACGAGGGUGUGCUGGACGUAUUCCAAACGGUGCGAAUACUGCGCUCCCAGCGACCGGCAAUGGUACAGACCGAGGAUCAAUACCAGUUUUGCUAUCGUGCUGCGCUGGAGUAUCUCGGUUCGUUUGAUCACUACGCCACCUAAGAGACCUAAACGACCCCUCUGGCAAGCGUGGCAAAUUGGAGCGAUGGCAUCGAUGAUCCACAAUCCACACACACACGCGCUGCAAAUCGUUAACGAGCGAGGUUGGUGUUUUAUUGUUGCAUCGCCAUAUUUUAUCACUUAUUGACGCGUAACUAGCAAUCAACCAACAACGGUUUUACCAACAAGUAGGGCGACAGUACAAGCAUCAUCCCCUUUUUCCUCCAACGCCGUUUAAUGAUUUUAUUUAAACCAAACCUCCCCCCAUCCCUUCGCAGGAAGCCUCCAAUUGCCAUUUUUCUAUCGGAAAUGAUCCACGCCCAAACGCAUGGAAUGUGUUUGUUGAGUGUGGGCGUAUGUGUGUAUGUUUAUAGCCCCCUUUCGACGAAACUGUGUAACUCUCUCUCUCUGAUAAGAUUUAGAAGAAUUUUCAAAAUUCGAUAAUACUCAACUAUUCUAGGAAACUCAAUAGCCAACCACAGAAAAGCUAUGGAUCGGAUCGUAAUAAUCCUCUCUCUAGUAAGCAAUUAAAACAAAAACAAAACAGCUACCUAGCUUAAUUUCCUACCAAAACUUAAUAAUUAAGCAACUGUUCGACGCUACUGUCUCACAUCAAUAAUGAUGGCGUCGACGGAACGGGAGACGAUCGAAACCAUCGGACACGACAGACAAGAAAUGCAUCGCAUUCGCACAACAGAAGUGAACAGAACAGAUUAAAAUAGAACAUUUUUGAAGACAAAAAAAACAAAUUUCACACUAAAACUAAAACUAAUAUGAAAAUUAAAGUUUAACCUAGCGAGUCGACAAAUCCGUGGUCGGCCGUAGUGCGUACUAAACACUCACCCUAACAUCACAAUCAUUACUGCCAUUUAGUGUGUGUUACUGCGUGCGGGGAUCAGAGGGAGGUGUAUUUUAAGGUGGGGCACCAACCAGGGAAGCGAAACGAAACUUCAUCAAUCGGUCGAAUAAUACGUCCGUACAUUUACCGGUUGCAUUAUGUUCCUUUUUUCCACGUUUUUUUUUUUUUCAAAAACCAAAAAGAUCCUGCGUUCGGACCCAAUGAAGGCUGCAAUGUAUGAUCAUUGAUCAUUGCCCACGAUUUUGUUUGCCCCGUAAUCACUAACAAAUGCUUGUUCAUAAUUUAGGGCUUAUUCUCUAAAAGGAUACUUUCCAAGUAGAAAUUGUUCGGCAAAGUGGACAGACGCGAGAGCACCGGUUUGAUUCAGCAUUGGUGUAGAGGCCAUACUCUGUUCUUGUUGUGAACAACGCUCGGCAUAACGGCUAAAACAACAGAAAGAAAAAAAUGAUGCUAUUAGUGUAAGCUUGCUACUACUUGCUAGCGAAGUCAAAAUGAAACAUCAAACGGUCAGACUGAUAUUAUUAGCGUAUCACUUGAAAGGCAUGCACGUAUCAGACGUUUGGGUAGGGAAGAGUGAAGGAAGCAAACAGCGGGAGAACACACUGGUAAAGAAAACAGUAAGAAUGCAAACUACUACUAUUCGAGUAGCAACUAAUCUAUAUAGCAUUACAUUCUAAAAACAAAACAAAUACAACUAAAAAGGGUGAAACGGAAACGGCACUGGGUCCUUGUCCUUAGGAUCACCGUUACACUCGCUCGCGGACUCGAGAGCGGACAUAAGGAUGAGAAACGCAAACAUAAUCGAAUAGCGCGGAAACAUUGACUAUAUUCAUAUACCGGCAUCAAAGCGCUCCCACCCCGGCGGUAGUACUGGUACACGUGGGUGGAUCGCCAGUACGGAGCGUUGUUGAAACUAUGUAAGAUGGAACACGUUGAUUCAAAGAGACUUGGCUAAUGAUUUGACUUUUAAACAUAACACGCAUACUCAAUUAGGUAUACACAAGUAGCUGCGGGGAAAAACAACCAAAUUAGGUGUUUCACAGGGGCGAUAAGAAAAAAAAAGUAGAAAAUAACAGCAACAAAGAGGCAGCAAAACAGGCGCAACAACACACAUCGGUUGCAUGCGUGGGAAACCUGCAACACAGACUUUGGUACACGAAACACGCUGCACGCGCUUGUAUGUAAUGAUAUGCUGCACGUCCUUUAUACGUUAUAAGGCAUGUGAAUGUGAUGAUUUUAUGGAAUGCACAUCAUCAUCAGUGUAUGUGAGUGAGAGAGAGAGAGUGUGUGUGUGUGUAGUGCGUGUAUGUGUGUUUAUAGAUGAUCGUACGGAGUGCGGAAUUAAUACAGAAUGAAUGGGUAAAGCGGGGCGCGGCUUACAGUUGCAGUUAGACAUCGCGACCACUCGCGUAGUGUAGAUGGAGAAGAUGCAUUGCGCAAUAUCAUUACUAUAAAACAAACAUCUCUCUCACACACGACAGAACAGAUACCCGGCUGCUGUUGAGUAAUGUCCUGCGGUCACAGAUUUGACGCUCGAACCACAUAGAGGAAACAUAGAGUUUGACUUAAAAAAAAGAAAGUAAACAAACUAGCCACGGUAGUUACUUACGGCAUACUGCAGCAGCUUUCUAACUACCUUUCGCAUAAUGGAUUUGCCGAUCGUGUAUAACGGUCAGCCCGCAUUGUACAAUUGCACCCAUCGCUUACUUACAUCAACUGUCGAAUAGUGGUGGUAUGAUUGCAUUUAUUUCAUUUUCGUACACACAUCACAUUACACUUUAUAUACUCGAAAUGUACUUGAAUUUCUGUCCUUUUUUUUGCAUAUUUUCACAUUCAUUUCCAUUAAGCGCACCGCAACCGUUGCGUUCAUUUGAAAGUAGUAUUUUGAUGUGAUAUGUGCGUACUUUAGCAAAGUGUUGUUGUUGCGUAUAGUGGCGCACCUUUUUGGGCGUAGAAUUAGUAAUCGUACAUUAAACACACACACCAUCACCCCCCCACCCCGUGCGUGUGUCGGGAGCGCAACCAAGGGCAAGCAAAAGGAUGCGCAAGCGUCGUGCACUGCAUGGUGCAUUAGAAUUACUAUUUGCACCUUAUAAAUAAUGGGCGUUCUCUUUUACAUAUACAAAUAUAUUUAGCGGCUAUUAUACGAAUGAUUCGUUUGUACUCAUCUACCAUAUCAUAUCACGUAAUGAUCACGCGACUGAAUUUUGCAUCUUUUGCGUCCUCAUCAUUUACACAAGUAGUACUAAAAACAAGCAGUAAAGCAGUAAAAAUCAAGCAAGCAAAAAAACCAACUGCAAGCAUUUACCAACCAAGUAAUAUUAAUUUAGAGAACCAACGUUGGUCUGUAAAACGGCAACAUUUCAUUUACCUUCCAAGCGGUUGCAGAUGAUCCACUGACUGAUCGUCUGUACUACUCGAAACAUUCUAAUAUACCUCUCUAGUACGAUACACCUUGCCGCCAACCCCCGUAUCUUUUACGCUACUAUCUCUUGCCAACAAAUCGAUUACAACGAUGCUAGUGCAACAAAAAGCAACACUUUACAAAAGCAAACCCAAACCCAGUUGUUUUACACUCGAAACGUAGCGUCCAUGUUUGGCGUUUUGUGUAGCUCCCCCAGUUUUUUUAGUAUUAGUAACAUUCUUUUCAAGUCACAUAAUUACACACUGCCCGAUAUGUUGCGAUAUGUUUGUUAGUUUGGUUUUAAUUACCUACUCAAGUAAAUGGUUACUCUCAUACUUUGGACGUAAGGCGUGAUAAAUCUGAAACGCUUUCAAGUUUGAUUGAUUUGCGUGUCUGUAGCUUCUGUUCUGUAACUUCAUCGUAAAAAAGUACCAUAACUACUUCGUACCAUCAGCUACAACCGGAGGAACCAAUCAAUACCGAUUCCAUGUGUGCGUGUGUGUGUGUGUGUGUGUUGCCAUGUAUGAGCGAAAACACAACAGAACUAACUAAUAGUGAGCGAAAUGGAUAGUAUAUUUUAAGCAAAUCAUACAAUUCCACCUCCAAACACACACACACACACACACAAACAUUCAGUAUAUAUGAUUUUAGUUCCAGCUGAACCGCAUUCCAAUAUGAUGCCGCAUUGAGUAAGGCAUAUAACGCGCUGCGCAACAAAACUUCCAAGAAAGUGCGCAAACUACUACACUAAGAGGUUUUAGUUUCUAGUAUCCAUAUCCAUAUGCAAUGCCUUGAACUUUGAACAGAGCAAGACACAGAGCGAGAUGGAGUGGCUUGCACCCACCCGGUACCAGCAACCAGUUUUUGUUUCUUACCAGUGUGGUGAAAACAAACCUAAAACCCACAACCAAGUGAACUAGACUGCAAACUAACAAUAGCAAAAUACACGCAAAACACACAAACACAACCAUAACUCAAUAGACAAUGUAGAAUUUUGUACAAAUGGAUAUAACUGGCUGACGUUGGAACAACGCUUUGCACAAACAACAACACACAGCCAAAUAGACGGAAUGUGUUAAAUUCUGGACUAAUAAUUGCGUUUGUUGAUUGAGCUGCAACCUCGUUAACAUGCGCACGGAACAGUUGCGCAUUUUUUUUUUGUUUAGUGCAGAUGUAAUAAUGUACAGUUGUUCACAACCAUUCCUGUGUAUUCGAACAGAACCAAUAAAACAUUCUUCCUACGUUACGUUCUCACAAACAACCACCGCAUGCGAAAGAUGUUGAGUUUUAUAACUACAAACCAACAUCAUUGACAGAUUAGAACUUACUGCAAUAGAACAAAAAGAGUAUCAUCAAUCAUUGGCAUGUUUUUUGUUGUUUCUUGCAAAAUCAUCUCAAAAGUUAAAUGUGUAAUAUCCAUUUCGGGUUAGAUUUACGAGUGUGUGUGUGUUUGUGCAAACCACCAAUCAAGCAUUACAAAGCGAAGGAAUGAAAGUGUAGAAACGAAUUUCAAUGUGAGGCAAACACGUGCGGGAACGAGUGUGUGUGUGUGUGUUGUAUAAGAUAAACAAAUAAGAGAUAUAUACACACUACUAUAUCUGGCGGCAGGCGGCGGGUUUAUUUAGCUCACCCCCCGACAUGUUGAAACUGUUUCUCCUUCGCAGUCAUCAGUCAUACUGCAAACAUAGCAAAAAACGGGAUCGGAGCAUAGCAAAGCAAAACUAAAACGUAAACAUGAAUAGGAUGAAAGUAUAGAUUUACCGUUGCCAUUAUCUCGCAGGGAAUGGUUUUGCAGAUGAAUGCAAUGAAAGAGGAAGAGGAAAAUGUUCUAGGCAAAGCGUACAAUAUGUUAUACAACAAGCAAAACACACACACACAACCUGUAUAAGACGGAAUAGAGAAAGAAAAAAAUAGAAAAAAGGAAAUAGAAAGAGGAAAACAAAACACUCAAACACUGCAAUUUACCGUGCAAAUCGCAAAUAUAAAAUGUUAGAGCAACACUGUGGACAAAACGGGCAAACAGUAAGGAAGGAAAGGUUAGAGCGGAAAAUGGGAAAGAGAAGAGAAACAAAAAGCUAUAUGAAAUACACUGAAAAGAUAGAUAAUGUCCGAAAUUAUAUAGGUUAUGUAAUAAAAUUAUGAAAAAACACGA